UUUGGCAGCACUCAACAUCACUGCUUUCCUUCUCUUUCUGAAAACAGGCUUCUCAUCUUCUUGAGGGAGCGGUUACCAUGUUCUGCUUCCUUGCCUGCCUGUUGGUUCUUGUACAGGAAGUGCCAACCAGGCCAACGAAGGAAACGGCAUCUGCAGCUCCUGGAGAUGCGAAAGCCCUCUUCCAGUUGGUGAAGCAGAACAUUGGGGAGGAAAAUGUCAACCUCAGUAGCCUGUCCUGUGGGGAUCUGCGGGCCCAGCCAUGGACCUCCUUGCACCUCAGAAAUCAGAACCUGACUUCUUUCCCUGCCUGCCUGCCUGAGCCUCUGGAGUAUUUGGAUCUGAGUGUCAACCUCUUGCCUGAAUUCAACAGCCAGGAGGUGGCUGACUUGCCGACGUUGAAAUUCCUCUUUCUCAGGCAGAAUAAGAUCCAGCAAGUGACAUGGGACGGCAGCAACCUCAGCCGCCUCCAGACGCUGGACCUGAGCUUCAAUUUGCUAUCAGUUGUGCCCGCAUGCAACCCAUCUGUUCUGCAAAACCUCAAGUGGUUUUCUCUAGCUGGAAACCCCAUUGUUGAAAUCCAUCCAUUUGCUUUCUCCUACUACCGUCAGCUGCAUUUCCUAAACCUGUCUUCUACUUGGCUGGGGAAGGAUGGGAAAGAGGGGAUUAAGGAAUCUGCCUUUGCGACAAUCUUGCCUGGGGACACCACUAAAAAGGCUGGAAGUGAUAUCCAUGUGCUGGACCUGAGCGCAACCUAUCUGGAGAGAUUGCAUCAGGACUGGAUCAAAUAUCUGCCCAGGCUCUCAAACCUUUAUUUAACAAAAAUGAGCAGGCUGAGAAGCCUUGACGCUGACACCUUCCUGCAUCUUCCUGAACUGAGAUUAUUGGACUGCCGAGAUUCCCGUGCCCUCAGUCUGGUGGAAACAGAGUCUUUCACCCACACACCUCACAUGGCUCUCCUCCUAUUCCAAAACUGCAAUUUGAGCUCUUUCAGUCCAUGGAAUCUCAGCUCAUCGGUAAUCCCAACGGUCAACCUCUAUGGCAACCCUUUGGUGUGUAGUUGUGCUAUUUCAUGGCUGCUCUCCAAGCCAGUCAGAAUAGUUCUAGAGAGGGCAUCAGAAAUUUUGUGCUACCCAGAGGCCAAAGAAGCAUCUUCAUUUGCACGUAUGCGGCUGUCCAAGUUCAACACUGAGUGGUGCCAAAGGCAAAGAAUUUCCAACUUCACUCAAGUCAAGCUUUACGGUACGUCUCCCAGCUUCACGACAGACACCCUUACAGACUCCAGUACAUUUCCCCAAGAAUGGCCCAGCAGCCCUUCUUCUUCUCAAUACCCUCAUUUGACUUGGGGAGAUACAGCAAAGGAGGCUCCAACCAAAGCAGACAUUCUUGCCUACAAAGAUAAAACAUUUGGCAGAUCUACCGACGGCCCACCCACCACAGCAGCUCUUCACACAGCAGCUUCCUCAAGAACUCUGAGGGAACUCUCUUCUGAUCCAACCCUAGUGAGCAUGACUGGAAUGAAUCAAAGGAAACAUGACACCACAGUAGUGGAUGAUUCUAUUGGCCACAUGGACGAAACAUGGUCCCACUUCGCUCCGCUCAGUCCUACAGCUGAAGAAACAGCGGCAGAUUCUUCUGUGUUGAUCCCACACAAUACGGUAAGGCCAGCUCAGUCUACACAAAGCCCCAACAAGGCAGUCCCACUUCUGAAUAUUGCAACCACUCGUAACAGUCCGAAAUCUUAUGAAGACAAUUAUGACUACGAUAAGCAGGAGGAGGAAUUUGUGGCUCAGGGCCUUGGGCCUUGUGAUUACGAUCCAUGCAGGCACCUCCAAAAGCCUUGCUCUGAUCUCCAGUUGUUGUCUCCUUGCCUGUGCCCGGGGAUCUCUGAUGAAUUCACCAUCCCAGAUCCUCCGAGGCUCCGCGAGAUAUCUGAAAUUAGGGACACUUCAGCAGAGGUCUGCUGGUGUGCCCCAUAUUCAGCAGUAAGAUUCUACCAGCUUGCUUACCGCCCUCAGGACAGCAAGAAUUUCACUGUAUCUGGAGAGAUUUAUGCCACGGCUAGGCGAUACACGCUGUACAAUCUCCUGCCUGGCUCAACUUACCAAGUAUGCAUAAUGGCUUCAAACAAGGCAGGAUUGAGCCAGACUGCAGACUGGAAUGUGCCCAGUGCUCCAUGUGGUUCCUUUAAAACAAAGUCCAGCUACAAAACUAUCUUUGCCACUUUGUGUGCAACGAGUGGAUUCCUUCUUAUUGCUACCAUAUUCUUGUCAGUGUGUCUCUGCAAAAAGUGUAAAGGACGCCACAUUGAGCAUUAUAACACACACCUUGUCUCGUAUAAAAACCGCUUUGAUUACUCCUUAAAAUAAAGGUGAACAGGAUUGGCAAAAAAAAAUAAUCUAUUUGAUGGCAUUUGCCUUUUUGUACAGCAAAAGGGAAGAAAAGUUUAAAAUACCUUUCCUCCUC